ACUUUCUGUGUGGAUUGGAGGGCAGUGAGAAAGAUGCAUCUGGUCCUCAGGGUACUGUCUCUCUCUAUGCUCACACUGAGCUGCCUGAGUAACACUGGUGAGAUAGAGAUAGGUUGUGGACAAUGGACAACAUCUGCUGGUUCUACUGAUGUCUGCUGUGAAAGGUGCAAUCCAGGUAAAUGUUUAAACUAGGCUACUGUAAAUGGUUUAACUUUAAAUGUAACCCAUAAAUAAUCAAUAAUUAAUGUAAUAUGGCUUGGAUUUUGAGAAGUACAUUCUAGAGGCUUUAUCUGGUUAAAUUAUGUAUUUCAUGGGGAUGAAUAAUCUAGUGUAUCCCAGGUUGUGAAUUAAAUAACAAUUAAAUAACAUUGAGUUUCAGUGGCUUCUAUUAGUACCACAAGAGGGGGAUUUAUGGAUAAUGAUCAAACAACUGUAUGUGGGAGGGGACUGGAAAUAGUUUCCUAUCAAAUACAUGUACCUUUAUAUUCAUGUCCACUGCAAUUGCUACUGAUGGAGCGAAUGUGAUAUUAUGGAUGUAGAUGUGCUUUCAAUUCAGUACUUUUAAUGUUGUCUGUGUAUUUGUGUAGGGAACCGUCUGGUGACACGCUGUGGUCCAGACCCCAAAAAGCUGUGUGUUCCAUGUGGGAAUGAGACCUACACAACUGACAGUUCAUCACACUCCUGUCACAGGUGUACUCAGUGUGUAGGUAUGUCACCAGAGAUUUACCCAUUUAAUAGAAUCUAUUCUCCUCUGCACUUAUAUCUAUUGUUGAUGAGCGAGAUAUUUUAACAUAUUAAUUGUACUCGUCUUUCGCUUGCUUCCUUGUGUGUGUGUAUAUAGGUGGCGCCCAAUUCCUUAAGAAGGCCUGUACAAAAAGCAAGGACACAGAAUGUGACUGUAUGGCAGGAUUCCGAUGUGGUGAUGACCACUGCACCUUCUGUGUUGAGGAGUGUGGGAAGGGCCAGGAACCUCUUCCCGCUGCACGUAAGACACACAUCUGUACCUGCAAACAUUAAAGUCAAACAAGUUAUUUGGCAUGCCUAGUAAGACACAAGAUCAGGACACAUGGAAAAUGUUCACCAAGUCUGAACCUCUGCAUGUCUGUCUACAUAGGGUCCUGCCGGAAUUGUCCAGAUGGGACCUUCAAUGACCAAAUCCAUGAGAAGUGCAAGUCUUGGAGAAUAAGGUUAGAUUUAAUCCCCCCCCCCUAAACUCGAGUUUGCUUCAAUAUUGGGAUUACCGGUUGUACUAAUGCCAUUGCAUAAAUCUGCCAACAAAGUAUUACCGUAUGCAGCAAAACACUUGACUUAAUCUCAGCAACCCAGAACUAAAAUCUUCUGCCAUGGCUACUCAAUGUAAUCUGAUAUUGGAGAGCCAAUCCUUAAUCUUUAUUUCUCCAUCUCUGUCCCAGCUGUCCCCAUCCCAAUGAACACAUUGUUACCUUGGGAGAUGCUGUUAGUAACAGCAAGUGCGGCAUUGCCAACAUUGUAACGCCCGAAGUCAACACCUUACCUACAACAUUGCCGGACCAUGAGGGUAAGACCAGUGAAUCUAACCCAUGCCAAAAUGUAUGUUAUAAUAUCACCUUGUUUUAAAUAAAGAUGACAAAGCCUCUUUCUCUGAUGGCACAGGGCUGGUUUGGGCUGUAAGUACCUCAUUUGGGGUCUUUAUCAUCCUUAUCAUCUUGUUUCUGGUCAUCAUCACCAAAAAGAAACAAGAGAAGACGGCCCCCAAGGAGCCAACCCUUAUUGUGCUAACUCCUCCUACAGGUAAUUAGAUGUCUUAUACAAUUUUAUUCAUUCCUACUCAUCAUACUGCAGUGCACCAACAUUCUUCGUCAGCUUUCAAACGGUAGUCCUGAAUGUGAACGAAGCUUCAACAUAAUUUAAUCUGAGAUUGAGCCAAUCUUCUCCUCCGCUCCCCCUCUCUCAGAUGAGCCCAGGAGCCUGAUAGAGAUCAGUUUCCACAACCCUCAGCAGGAGCAGGGCAGCAACUCCGAAAUCCUGUGCUCCCAGGACUCUGAAACCAAGCUCCUGCCUGUGUGAGUGGCAGUGGACUUACUUUCUCGUGUUCUUAUUUCUAUUUUGUUCUACUUGACUUUUUGUAUUUAUUUUUGUAUAGUAUUACUGAUAUUUGUUGCAUUGUUGGG